AUGAUUUUGGAAUGCGAGAGGAAACUGGACUAUUCAGAGAAAACCUACGGGCGGGGCCUAAACGGACUUGGGGCGGGGCCUAAACGGGGCGGAGCUACUCGGGUCUCAGACUGCUACUUACUCACUGUUGCUUCUGCUGCUGUAAGAGGGAGAGGACAGAGGAGGAGUUGCUGCAGCUCCAGGGCUGGCCCAGUCACUCUGCUGAAGGUCGCCGAGACUUUUAAUGUGGAUGUGAAAAAUGGUUUAUCGUUCAGUGGUUCGGUGGAUGACAUGUUUGGAUAUACAGUUCAGCAAUUUGAAAAUGAUGAGGGAAAAUGGGUGCUCAUUGGGUCACCACUGGAGGGUCAGCCAACUCGCAGAACAGGAGAUGUAUAUAAAUGUAAAGUGAACGGCCAAUCAAAAUGCACAAAGAUUGACUUGCCAAGAUUUACAACCAUUGCAAAUGUCACUGAGGUGAAAGAAAACAUGACAAUGGGAUCCACUUUGGUCACAAAUCCUAAAGGUGGAUUUAUGGCAUGUGGUCCUCUCUAUGCGUACAAGUGUGGAAGCUUACACUAUACAACUGGAAUUUGUUCAAAUGUCAGCUCUACAUUUCAAGUUUUAAACUCUAUUGCACCAGGUGUACAAGAAUGCGUAACCCAACUGGAUCUAGUGAUCGUCCUAGAUGGCUCUAACAGUGUUUACCCUUGGGAGAGUGUGACUGAAUUCUUACAGAAGCUUUUUAAAAAAAUGUCUAUACAUCCGACUCAGACACAGGUUGCAAUAGUUCAAUAUGGAGAAAAUGUAACUCAUGAAUUUAACUUGAAUACGCACUCGUCAACAGAAAGUGUACUAGAAGCAGCAAGCAGAAUUAAACAGAGAGGAGGCUCUCAGACAUUGACGGCCCUUGGCAUCAAUACGGCAAGGGAAGAGGCUUUUAGUGAAGCAAGAGGCGCCCGGAGAGGAGUAAAGAAAGUUAUGGUGGUUGUGACAGAUGGGGAGUCUCAUGAUAAUUACAGACUGCAAAGUGUGAACGACAAAUGUGAAGAAGAAGGCAUAGAGAAGUACGCAAUUGCUAUUCUUGGAAGCUACAGCAGAGGAAAUAUAAGCACAGAGAAACUGGUCCGAGAGAUACUGUCCAUUGCAAGUGAGCCAAAGGAAAAACAUUUCUUUAAUGUCUCGGAAGAACUGGCUCUUUCAACUAUUGUCGAAUCAUUGGGAGAAAGGAUAUUUGCUCUUGAAGCUACAACUGAGCAGCAGGCAUCAUCCUUUGAAAUGGAGAUGGCCCAAACCGGAUUCAGUGCCCAUUAUUCUAAGGACUGGGUGAUGCUUGGAGCCGUUGGAGCCUAUGACUGGAACGGAACCGUCGUCAUGAUUAAGUCUGAUGCUAUUGUCACACCUCAAAAUAAUUCAUUUAAAACAAGGAAACAUGAAGGAAAUGAAGCUCUGGCAGCUUACCUUGGUUAUACUGUAAGUUCUGCAUUUAUAAAUGGAGAGGAAAUCUACAUUGCUGGGCAGCCACGAUACAACCACACCGGCCAAGUUAUCAUCUACAAAAUGAAUGGAGAGAAGAUUAAUAUACUGACAACAUUAAAUGGGGAGCAGAUUGGGUCUUAUUUUGGCAGCGUGCUCACCACCCUGGAUGUGGAUGGUGAUUCGAUUAGUGACAUACUUCUGGUUGGUGCACCAAUGUUUAUGGGAACAGAAAAACAUGAACAAGGAAAAGUUUAUGUCUAUAGGAUUUAUGAGAAUACAUUUAAGUAUGAAAUGAGUUUGGAACCUCUGAACCAAACCUGUAAACAAGAGACUGAGAAUGAGCCGUGUGGAGCUCGCUUCGGGACUGCCAUAGCAGCAGUGAGGGAUCUCAACCUGGAUGGAUACAAUGAUGUCGCUAUUGGGGCCCCAUUAGAAGGAGACCACCGUGGAGCUGUGUAUAUUUAUCACGGGAGUGGAAAGUCAAUAAAGAAAGAAUAUGCUCAGCGCAUUCCGUCAGGCGGCGAUGGGAAAAAAGUCAAAUUUUUUGGCCAAUCUAUACAUGGACAAAUGGACUUAAAUGGAGAUGGUCUGACGGACGUUACCAUCGGAGGAGCUGGGGGUGCUGCUCUUUUUUGGUCCCGCGAUGUUGCAGAAGUAGAAGUAAUCUUAAAGUUUAACCCAGACACCAUUAAUAUUGAAAAGAAAAAUUGUAAAGUCAACAACAAAGACACAGUGUGCAUCGCGGCUACGUGUUGCUUUCUGAUACAUAUCAAAUCUGAUGGAAAUAAAGACCAUACAUUUGAUCUGGAGUUCAAAAUGACACUUGAUUCACAUAGAUUUAUAUCCCGAAGCCUUUUCAAUGAAACCCAUGGGCGGAUUGCAAAAGGCCUUAUUAAUCGAAGUGGGGAAUGUGUGAACUACAUCUUUUAUAUGGUGGAAAAGCCAGAUUUUUUGAACGCUGUGAACGUCUCAGUGGAUUUUAAAUUUAAAGACCCAGAAGAAGGUCCCGUUCUCAGCCGUGAGCACCCAGACUUCAUCAAUGCGUUUAUUCCUUUCACUAUGGAUUGUGGCGGUCAUAAAAAAUGUAUAACUGACCUUAUUCUGGAUGCUCAAUUAAGUAUGGGUGAGAAGAGCUUUAACCAGGCCAUUGUGAAAUACAGCAAAGACAAGUUCAGCGUUAUGGUGAGCCUAAAGAACAGUCAGGACAGCGCAUAUAACGCCAGAGUGAUAAUGAAGUAUUCUCCAAACAUUAUACUGGCUGGAAGAGAGGAUAAGCCAAAAGUAAGCUGCGAGUCAGAGAUAGAGUUUACAUGUAAGGUCGGAUAUCCCUUUUUAAGAAAAAAUGAACAGAUUACCUUCGCCGUUACAUUCCAGUUCAAUGUGUCACACCUCCUGGAUACAGUUUCCAUAUUCAUUAAUGCAACAAGUGACAGUGAAGAGAAGACUGAAACCUUACAUAACAACAGAAUAAACAUUACUUUUCCAGUGAAAUACCAAUCCUGGCUGACAUUUACUAGUUCACCCAAAGAAUACCAUGUGUCUAUUGCUGCCAAUGAUUCACUGCCUGCUGAGAUUAAUUCCACUGAUGCAAUUGGUCCAGAAAUUAAUCUAAGCUACGUGAUUAAGAAGGAUGAUUACAUUCCAAUGCCAAGAGUUACAUUUAGUCUCUCUUUCCCACAUACCACUCCAGACCGCUCCAUUCUCCUUUAUUGGACCAAUCUGUCAUCUUCUCCUAAUGUGAAUUGCAGCACUGAUGAACUUUUGGAUCCUUUCAAAAUCAAUUCAGGAAUAAUGCACAAUGUCCAAAAAGCUAAAGAAAAUAUAAAAGAUACAAUAGUGGACUGCAAGAGAGUUAACUGCCCUGCGUUCUACUGCACUGUGGAGCCAUCUGACAUUACUCAAAUCAAUAUCUCAAUGAGAAUAUGGAAAGCAACGUUUAUUAAGGCCAGUAUCCACAGUCUGAAUCUUGUUUUACGCGCUGUGCUGAAAAGUGAGAAUCCGCUGAUAGUCCUGAACAGUGAGAGUGAAACGUAUGAGACAAUGAUUAAGAUAUCUAAAGAGCUGGAGCGCAGCAGGGUGCCCCUCUGGGUCAUCCCAUUAAGUAUCAUUAUUGGACUGCUCAUUCUCGCCCUCAUCAUAUUUGCAAUGUGGAAACUCGGCUUCUUCAAAAGGCCACUGAAAAAGAAAAUGGAAGAAUGAGAAAUUCUUUUCUAUGAACACAUUCUGUUAAUACUUGAAUAUUGUGUCAGCCUCACAGAAGCCUGUCUGGCAGCGGUCAUGGAUGUGCUGCAAGAGGUGCUAUAUGCUGUGAGGUGGGACGUCAGCGCUGACGUCACCUCCCGACACCGGCACACCACAUUAGCAAAAGGCGGCAAUGGCUCUGCCCAGAUGUGUCGUCCAAUGCAAGGU